UGACCAGCUUCAGGCUUGGCUUUGAAGAGAAGCUGGCGCCAGUGGUUUUGUGUGCUUUGCUGCGAGUGCUGCUGCAGGGAGCUGAGUAGAGAGCAUAGGCCAGCUGGAAAACCACGAUAUGAGAGCAAGUUGAAUAUUGGAACUUAAGUGGGCUGAUUAAAGUCUUAGGGAGGCCUCUGAGUAAGAUUCAGAAAAGCCAUUUAAGCACCAUGUCUGCCUGCACACUACCAUGUUGCACCAUGAUGAUAAUGGACAAAACCUCUGAAAAUAAUGCAGUGACCUAUGAUGAUGUACGUAUUGACUUUACUUGGGAAGAGUGGACUUUGCUGGAUCCUUCCCAGAAGAAUCUCUACAAAGAUGUGAUGCUUGAGACCUACAGGCACCUCACUGCUAUAGGAUACAGUUGGGAAGACCAUAAUAUUGAAGAACAUUAUCAAAGUUCUAGAAGACACGAAAGGCAAGAAGGAAGUCAAAAUGGACAGAGAUCUUCUGAACAUACUCAAUAUGUUAAGGCCUUUGCAUUUCCUGGUAAUAUUGAACUGCUUAAAAGAACAAAUACUAGUGAGAAUCCUCAUGAAUGCAAUCAACCUGUUAAAGCCUUUACAUAUCAUGGUCAUCUUCAAAACUGUGAAAAAGUAUACACCAGAGAGAAACCCUGUGAAUGCAAUCAGUUUGAUAAAGCCUUUGCAAAAUUCAGUCCUCAUCAAAGGCAUGAAAGAACACAUACUGGAAAGAAACCUUUUGAAUGUGAUUAUUUUGGUAACGCUAUUGCACAGCACAGUAAUCUUCAAAGUCAUAAAAGAACACAUACUGGGGAGAAACUCUGUGAAUGUAAGCAAUGUAGUCAAGCCUUUUUAUGUCACAGUGCUCUGCAAUGUCAUAUAAAAACACAUCCUGGGGAGAAACCCUAUGAAUGUAAUCAGUGUGGUAAAACCUUUGCACAUCCCAGUACUCUUCAAGUGCAUAAAAGAAUCCAUACUGGAGAGAAACCUUAUGAAUGUACUCAAUGUAGUAAAGCCUUUGCAGAUCAAAGUACUCUUCAAAGGCAUAAAAGAACACAUACUGGAAACAAACCCUUUCAAUGUAAUGAUUGUGGUAAAGUCUUUGCACAAUACAAUAAUCUUCAUAGUCAUAAAAGAAUACAUACUGGGUACAAACCUUAUGAAUGUAAGCAGUGUGGUAAAGCCUUUGCACGAUACAGUCAUCUUCAAAGGCAUGAAAGAACACACACUGGAGAGAAACCCUAUGAAUGUAAUCAGUGUGGUAAAGCCUUGGCAGAUCAAAAUAGUCUCCGAGUACAUGAAAGAACCCAUACUGGAGAGAAACCCUUUGUAUGUAAUCAAUGUGAUAAAGCCUUUACAAGUCGUAAUCGUCUCCAAAUACAUGAAAGAACCCAUACUGGAGAGAAACCCUUUGUAUGUAGUCAAUGUGGUAAAGCCUUUGUAUGUCACGCUGCUCUUCAAAGUCAUAAAAGAACACAUACUGGAGAGAAACCCUAUGAAUGUAAUAAAUGUGGUAAAGCCUUUGCAAAAUACAGUCAUCGUCAAAGGCAUGAAAGAACACAUACCGGAAAGAAACCUUUUGAAUGUAAUGAUUGUGGUAAAGCCUUUGCACAGCAAAGUAAUCUUCGAAAUCAUAAAAGAACACAUACUGGGGAGAAACCCUAUGAAUGUAAGCAAUGUGGUAAAGCCUUUGUAUAUAACAGUGCUCUUCAAUGUCAUAUAAGAACACAUACAGGGGAGAAACCCUAUGAAUGUAAUCAUUGUGGUAGAGCCUUUGCACAUCCUAGUACUCUUCAAGUGCAUAAAAGAACCCAUACUGGAGAGAAACCAUAUGAAUGUAUCACUUGUGGUAAAGCCUUUACACGUCUCAGUAUUCUUCAUAUUCAUACAAGAACCCAUUCUGGAGAGAAACCCUAUGAAUGCCAUCAAUGUGGGAAAGCCUUUAAAGAUCAAAGUACUCUUCAAAAUCAUAAAAGGACCCAUACUUAAGAGAAACCCUAUUAAUGUUAAUAAUUGUGGUAAAAACCUUUGCAUGCCUCAAUACUCUGCAAAUGCAUAAAAUCACACAUACUAGAUAGAAGCCCUGUGUAUGUAAUCAAUUUGGUAAAGUCUUUGAAUGUCACAGUAGUCUUCAGAGGCUUAAAAGAACACUUAUUGAAGAGGAAACCUACAAAUGUAAUCAGUGCAGAUAAGCUUUGGAUUGUCACAAUUGUUACUGAAAGUAUGAAAGAAAUUAUACUACAGAGAAACCCUGUUUAUGUAAUUAGUGUGAUUAAUCCUUUCUAUGCCAUAGUACUUUUGAAAUGUCUAAAAGAACACAUACUGGAGAGCAAUCCAUUGAAUGUAAUCAGUGUGGUAAAAUCUUUGCAUGUGUGAGUUUUCUUCAAAAUCAUGAGAAAAAUCAACUUGCAGAGAAACCCUCUAAAUGUAGCUAUUGUGGUAAAGUUUUCCACUUUACACAAGAAUAAAACUUUUUGUGUGCAAUCUAUCUCUUAAAGCCUUGGGAUAUUGCAAUAAUCUUUGAUGACCUGAAAAGCUAUUGAGGCCUUUUUAAAAUAAAUUUUUUUUUUGGUUUUUUCGAGACAGGGUUUCUCUGUGUAGCUUUGCGCCUCUCCUGGAACUCACUUGGUAGCCCAGGCUGGCCUUGAACUCAGAGAGAUCCACCUGGCUCUGCCUCCCGAGUGCUGGGAUUAAAGGCGUGCGCCACCACCGCCCGGCUUUAAAAUAAAUUUUAAUUAAAAUGUUUUUCUUCCCUUUUAUACACCAUGCCCUGCUCUCCCUCCUUUCCUUUCUACCACUUCUGCCACCUCCUCCAUCCCAUCCACUCCUCAUACAGGGUAAGCCCUCUCUUCAGUAGUCAGCACAAUUUGGUGCUGGACCUAGCCCUUCCCCUCUGCAUCAAGGCUGAAUAAGGCAUCCCACCAUAGGCAAUGGCCUCUAAAAAGCCAGUUUAUGUGCCCAAGAUAAUUUCUGGUCCCAUUGCCUGUGUACUGAGAAACAUAUCAAGCUGCAUAACUGUCACCCAUAUUCAGAGUGUGUAGUGCAGUCCCAUGUAGGCUCCCCAGUUGUCAGUCCCAGAGUCCAUGUGCUCCCAAUAGGUUGGGUCAGCUAUCAAUGUGGUUUUUAUGUCAUGAUGCUGACACCCCUCCCCCUUUCUCCUAUAAGCCUUCUCCCCUCUCUUCAACUAAACUCCAGGAUCUUGGCCAAGUGCUUGGUUGUGGGUCUCUACAUCUGCUUCCAUCAGUCAUAGGAUGUAUGUGCUAUGAUGACAAUUAGGGUAAACACCAAUCUGAGUGCAGGGGAAGACUAGUUCAAGUACCUUCUCCACCAUUGCUAUGAGUCUUGCUAUUUCCUGGAGUUUUCCCUAGCUACAAAUUUCUUCCCAUCCCCUUAAUGAUACACUCUGUCAACAUAUCUCUUUCAUUGCUCUCCCUCCCCAUGUGUCCCCCAACUCAGCCAUCCCAAGCCCUCAUUUUCCCAACUAUCUUCUCUUCUCAACUUCCCCCUUUUGUUUACCCUGGAGAUCUUAACACUUUGCCCUUCCUGUAGCAAUCCAUAUGUAUCCCUCUCAGGUCCUCUUCUUUACUUAACUUCAAUGUUUUUUUGGAUUUGUAGCCUAUUUAUCCUUUACUUUGCUUCUAAUAUUUACUUAUUAGUGAGUAUGUACCAUGUUUGUCUUUCUGGAUUUAGGUUACCUCACUCAAGAUGAUUAUUUCUAGUUCCAUUUAUUUGCCUACAAAUUUCAUGAUGAAAUGAUUAUAUGUGUUUGUGGGCUUUCUGCAUUUUCUGUUGUUGUUGAAUUCUAACUUUAAGAUAUGUGGGUCCAAUAAGAUAGAGGGGGGUUAUACCAAUUUUUUUUGUAUCUGUUGAUAUUUGUUUUGUUAGCAACUAUGUGGUAAAUUUUUUAUAAAGUUCUAUGGGAUGCUGAGAAGAAAGUGUAUUUUUUGUUUGUUUCAAUGAAAUAUUCUGUAGAUUCUUGUUAGGUCUAUCUGAGUCAUAACAUCUGCUAGUUCCCUUAUUUCUCUGUUAUGAUUCUGUCAGACAGGCUUGUUCAGUGGUGAGAGAGGGGUGUUGAAGUCUCCCACUUUUAGUGUGUGGGUUUUAUUGUCAUUUAAGCUUUAGUAAUCUGUUUUGUUUUGUUUUGUUUUUUAUAACAAAUGUAGGUGCCCUUGUAUUUGGGGCAUAAAUGUUCAGAAUUGAGACUUCCUGUGAUGAAUAUGAAAUGUGCUCCAUCUCUUUUGAUUGAUUUUAGCUUGAAGUCUAUUUUGUUGUAUAUUAGGAUAGCUACACCAGCUCCUUUCUUAGUUACAUUUGAUCAGAAAAACUUUUCCCAACCCUUUACUUUGAGGUAUUAUCUUUUUUUUUUUUUUUUGGUUUUUCGAGACAGGGUUUCUCUGUAGUAUUAUCUGUCUUUGUGAUUUUGGUGUUUUUGUAUGCAGCAGAAGGAUGGAUUCUGUUUUUGUAUCCAUUCUGUUAGCCAAUGUAUUUUUAUAGUAAAAUUUAGUCCAUUGAUAAUUAAGGUAUAUUAAUGAUCAGUGAUUUUUAAUUCCUGUUAUUUUGGUGGUAUUAUGUGUGUGUUUUCCUUCUUCAGGAUUUACUGGUGUGAGAUUAUGUAUUGCUGUGGUGGUAUUUUACUUGUACUGAAAUGUGAUUUUAAUUGUAUGUUAAUAAAUAAAGUUGUCUGGGGGUCAGAGCUAUUAGAGUCAUAGCAAGUGCAUGGCGGCGGUGGCGCACGCCUUUAAGGACCUGGAGGGCGGUACAUUCAGGCAGUGACGAGGCAGUCACAUGUUUGGGUUUACAACCAAUGACAAGGCAGAACAGGAAGACUUUAAAGACAGACACACAGGAAGUAGGUCUUUUUCGGAGAGCUCUCUUGGCUGGAGAGGAUCCCUGAAUCAGGAAGGGUGAGGCUCUUAGCUCUGACCUCUUGGCUUUCUUCUCUGAA